GCCCGCCAGUGUUCAAUCAUCAGCUCGCGCCGCCCUCCAAUCCGACGUCGAAACUCUCCCUCCGCUAUAUUUGGUCGCUUGAUGGAGGCGAGAUGGAUUCGAGCGAAACCCAAUAUCUCUUCAAAGAGACCCGCUUGAACCUCGAGCCUCCUGCGCCGGCCUCGGUCGUGACGAUCCGCGUGCCCUCUAAAAGCGGCGGCGGUCGACAGCAGCAGCAGCUGGCACUCGAGUCGUCUGCCGAAGAUGAAACGACAUUCAAGAUCAAGAACCUCGCGUCCGCAUCCUCGGUAUAUCACCGGAGAUGGCACGACACGCCCCGCAGCUUCCUGUGGAGGGUUCUCGAGGACGGCACGCUGCUGAGCAUCCGCGCCGCCGACGUGUGCAAGAAGGACAAGGCCCCCGAUGCGCCGCUGGUGUUGAAUUUCCACUUCGCUGUGCCGAUUCAGCAGGGCUGCGUGGCGUUUGCGGAUCCGGAGGAGCACGACGCGCUGUGCGUGUUCGUCCUAGAUCAGGCGUCGCGGCUGUACACGUUCACCCUGCGCCCCGACCUGUUCCGCAAGAAGACGGCUGUCGACGCCGGUCUGUCUGAGCUGGGCAAGGUGCAGUCCCCGGCCGGCUUGGGCUUCAAGACGGCGCACCGCCUCGUGGCCGUGUCGGCGGAUGUCCUGCUCGCCACAGUCAACGAUGGUGGCAUGAUUCGUUUCGACAAGUCGCGGACGGACGACACAUCUAGCGGACUAUGGAAGGAGUCAUUCUUCAACGUGCAAGGCUGGGCUCAGAACCUUCGCAGCUUGCUACCGUUCCAGGGCAAGCACACCAUCAGAUACGGCAAGGUCAAUAUGGAAUACAGUGCCGCAACGUCGCUGCAAGUCACUUCCUUCGGCCUCGAGGAUACCUUGUUCGCAAUCACAGUCUGCCUCGAUCAUCGAAUGCGCAUCUGGAACGUCAACGACGGGCAGAUUCUUUACACGGGAGACCUUCUGGACGUGGACCGGUCGCCGCAGGAAGUGGGCAAGUGGUCGAUCGAUCCCUCUCAGGCAAACCUGGUCCAAGUCGUUGGACGGCAUCGCGGUCAGCGGUUCUGCGCCACGUAUUCCCCAAUCGGCCCGGGAGAGUUCAAAUUCUGGAAGAUCAUCGCCAAGGAUGCGCACACUGUCAUGGUCGAGGACAUGUUCCCGAGGAACACUCUGCUGCCCCCAACGCCUUCGUCCUCGGAUAUUUGGACGCUCGCCGACUUCGUCCUAGCGUCCCCAACGGAAGGCGCCGUCAACGUCUGGACUCUUUGGAAAAACAACAUGACGUACAGAGUGCAACGCCUGGAGCUCGACAGGAAGAACAUGGGCCCCACCUGGGAGUCUGGAUGGGAGGGCGUCUAUGCCGAUACAACCACCAUUGCUGCUCAGACGUCGGGCCCAUGCGACUCGACCGAUGUUACAGAAAAGUGGCUUCAAGCGAUUUUGCAGCCCGGACGGUUCACAAAAGCAACACUGGAGACGGCCUUGUCCAUCUAUGAGCGGGGACUGGGCAAGCCCAAGGACAGCAGCAAGGGCAGAGGCCUCGCCGAGUCGAUUUGUUCCGUUCUGGGCUCUACGGCAUCCCUGGAACGCGGUCCUUCGGGUGCCAUGGACUACGAGCAGUUCCGGGCGUCGAGCGAAACUCAGUGGCGACGAUUCUACCGGCUUCUGAUCGAGCUCGACAGGCAACGAGGCGAGGCCAUCGGCCUGGCACUCGAUCCCGAGGCUGACAUGGUUUGGGUGGUGUGCACAGAUUUGCUUUCCGCGAUCACCGAGUGCAGCAACCUAGAACGACUACAUCAUAACCUUUCAAAGCCAGACGAAGACCAGGUCGACCAGGCGGCACUGGUCGGCGCCGCCUUGGCAUUCGUGGACGGAUUCUCCGAUAACUACGUGCAGCUCUGCACCGCGGUGCUACGGCAGGAAAUCUUUGAGGAGUCGUCCAAGACGGAUCUGGAGCGCAUCCAAUACUUUUCAGACAAGGCUGGCUUCUGGCGUGGCAUUACCGACGAGGACUGCGCACAGGUCGUGGACGCCCUGGGGACCAACUUUGGCGUUGUCACUGAUGAUCUCUACCGAUCCGUACUGGAUUUGAUUGCCGCGCCGCCAGAGGCGAAACGACGCCACCUACGACACCCGCUGACCGAGUUUGGCAAGAAGCUCGUCAUGAAAGGUGUUCAGGACAACAUUGAUCUCCAAUGGAAAGUGUGUUUCUCUCAACUCAUUCUCCUCGUUCACAUGGAGUUUGAAUUCGACACGGAGGAAGAGGCUCUGCACCACCGGGUCAGCAUCGGACCGGUAUAUCGCGAGCUCGUGAGCUCACUGAGGAGGCUGGAGCUGCUGAAGUGGCUCUCGCGAACAGAACUGUCUGUUCCGCUAUUCAAGGCGGAGAAGGGAGCGGCGCCCGUGCUCUCGAAGAAGGGCGGCGAGGAGUCCCAGGUUGUUACCGCGCUGGAAGCCAAUGUGGGACAUCUGCUCGGUUUUGGCAAUGUUAGGAAUGAGCCGCUGUCGUUCAGCAUCACCGAGCUCAUUGCGAACCUUUGCGCACCAGACAGCGACAUUGAGGUUUCCCCGACGCUGAUUCAAUGUUCACUUGUCAAGCAAGAAAGGGCCGACCUAGCUCUGAACCUGGCGCCCUUUUGCGACCAAAACCCAUUCUCCGUCUACAUCCAAGGACGAGUGUCGCUGGUUCUCAGGGACUUUGAGUCGGCGGCGAUCAACUUCAGAAAAGCUGCCAUUGGCAUGGCCACAGAGAACGUGCAGUCAGACCGUCACAGCUGCGGGUUGCUUGACGAUACAGAGUGGAACCUGCUCAACAACGGCCAGGCCAAGUACUACUCCCACAUUGUUGCGCUCUUUGAGGGACACCGAGCAUACGCCUACGUCCUUGAUUUCGCCCGGCUUGCGGUCCAGUUCCUGAAUGCCGGUAAGGGCAACGAGUCUACUCAUGCAGACAUGCUCAGUCGGCUGUUUAAUGCGGCCUUGGCCACUUCGCAGUUCGAGUUGGCGCAUACCAGCCUGCUGUCCAUGAAGAACGAGGCUCUCAAGCAUUCCAGCUUGCGAAAGCUCGUUGACAAGAUGUGCGAGACUUAUCACAGCCAUGAGCUGGUAUCGUUACCGUUCCCAGGGAUGCAACAGGAUGUGGAUACAAUACUCGCCCAGCGGUGUAGGAACACAAUGGAUGUGAUCAACGGGUUUCCUUACCAUCAAGUGCUGUACGCGUGGAGGAUGAAGCGCAGCAACUACCGCGGCGCGGCCUCGGUCAUCCUGGACCGGAUCCAGAAGCUGAGGCGCGCGGGCGAGGGAGACAAGGUUGACGGCGAAGACGUGCUCGACACGCCGGUCACCAGGCACUACCUGCUGCUCAUCAACGCGCUCAGCUGCGUGGAUGCCAAACAGGCUUGGAUCUUCGACGAGGGCGUCGAGCACAACGGGGAGGCCCCGAGACGGAGGGUGGUGUCGUUGGCGGACAUCCGGAAGCAGUACCAGGACGAGCUGGAUCGGAUUGCCGCGAUCCAGAAUAAUCAGUUUGGGUUCGAGGCUGGCGAUAUCAUGGAGAUUGCAUGAAGAAGGCAUCAGUGGAUGAAGGGGACUGACUGUAUUAUCACCGCAAAGGAGAGCUCAUUUGGAGAGGCUAGACGACGAGGGAAGGGCGGUUCAGAUACCUUGGGAACUCGGGCACAGGAUCAUGAUGGAGUAACGACGAUUUGGCACGUUUCUUUUUCUUAGAGAGAAAGAAUGUCUACGCUACAGCUUUGAACUAAACGACGCAGGAACUUGCCCAGCUCAAUGAUACCAAAAACGCCG